AUCCGAGAUUGUGCCCAAAUUAGCAGCGCAGAAAUAAAAUUACAAAAACUUUUCAAGUACUUGUGCAACCAGACACUCAAACCCCGCGAAAUCCCACCCUUGCUGCGCGAAAAUCCAGCCCAUCCGAGCCGCCCACACGAACAUUUGACUUCUGUCACCUCCGAAGUGGAAAGUCGUCGGUUGUUUAGUUGUACCUGUUGAUUUACCCUUUUUGCCUUUUUGCGGCGUCGGUCUUCGAGCGCCUAUAUAAACAAAUGCUCCCAACGGACCUGCGUUUAUUCUGCAUUGUCACACCUAACGGUUGAGAUUCGCCAGCGGAGAGAAUUGUAUUUUAUACAAUUAUUUUAAAAGCCGAAUCAGUCAGUAAUCUAUUUAGUGGCAAAGCUGGCUGAAGCUUAAAUUUGACAUUUAUUUUUAGAACAAUUCAGUAAAAAAGUACAGCUACAGUAAAAAGUACAGUUACAGUGAAAAGUGUUAGCCGGAACUGACUGAAUUCGAGAUCAAGUGUGAAGAACUUGACGUAUCUGUCAAAGUUUUCCGUUACUUCGAGUGAAUUUGAACAAAGUUGAGGAUGUCAGCCCUGUCGUCGCCCACCACAUGUGGCUGCUCGCCACUCUUCCACUGGGCCAUUGUCAUUGUGCUCCUGUCAAUGGCGAUUGGACCGGGAAACGCGUUGCCCCGUCCAGCCCGCAACACGCAGUUGUUGUUUAGCGAGCUCCUGGGCGGCGGAAACGAGGACAACAACUACUAUGGCGAGCAGUUGUACCAGCAACAGCAGCAGCAGCAGGAACAGAAGCAGCAGCGGGUGCCAGGCUUCGCCAGGAAGUGGCCAUCGCUGAGGGAUCUGCUGCUCACCGUGGACUACGAUGACUUCGGAGUUACCCAGGAGAGCGAGGAGGCGGUGGCGCCCAGUUCCCGCCUGCUGGCACGACUGCACAAGCUCGGCGAUAACGGAGGCGGCGAGGAGCUGCGCUACAACAUCGUGCCCGAUCUGACCAACAUGCCCAGCAAGAAGGUGCUGCCAGGACAUCCGCUCAAGGAUCACAACACCAAAAAGAACGUGCAAUUUCGUAAACAAUAUAUGUCGCCGUGCCACUUCAAGAUCUGCAACAUGGGACGCAAACGCAACGCUGGCUUCAAUUCCUACUGAAGAAACCUAAUGCUUUAAGUCCGCAAAGCCAAACAAACCAAAGUCAAAUAAACCCUUUCCAAAAAUCAAAGAAUUUGCAUUGUCACACACAAACUCUGGACGAAUGUUCAAAUGCCAAGUAUUGUCUACCGUUCUAAUUUAGUUAACAACCCGUGCAGAAUUUAGUUAGCAACUAUGAUUACAUUGUACUUAUUGUACUUAUAAAUAAUGUCUCGACCUACACACACUGACACACACAUCUGACCCCGCUCUCUGCACACCGACAUUAACACACACACACACGCAAACGCACACACUGAAGUAUUCCCAUAUUAGUUAUAAAUAUAAAUACUAUCUAUGAUUCUUGUUGUAUUUGAAAUACAUUAAAUUAUAAUAACCAACACAAUGUUGCUAGAUAUUAAGCCAAAAAUACAUAUUUCUGAAAAAUAUUUAUUGAAAACAAAACAAACAACA